GCAAAAAAAAAUGUGACAGCGUGAAUUGUAUGCCAGACGCUUUUGUUUUUCUCUUUAUUUCACAAUUUAUUGUGUGAUAAUGCACGCAAACAGUAGUGAAAAUCGGUUAACACACCUCUUGGGUGUCUAUAAUUCCGACAGUGAUGACGAGGAGAAUGAGGAAAAGGAAGUACAAGAGAAACAUGGGAACAAUGGAGCUGCAGAAGUGGCAGACAAUAUCGUCCAGACAGACUGGACACAAUGCUAUGAUAGGGAAACGGGAAAACCAUAUUUCUUCAACACCAGCAGCAAUCAGCAUCAAUGGGAGAUGCCGGAGGAUUAUAGAUUGUAUCUGGAAUGGGUGAGGCGCAACAAAUUCAGUGAAACUGAACAGAAAUGGAAGGUAUACGAAGCAGAAGACAGUGGAGUUCCCUACUAUGUCAAUGAAGUUACCCGGAUAGUGUCAUGGGAGAUGCCAGAAGGGUACAGGAAGCACCUGGAGAGUCAAAAGAAGGAGCAAAUGAGGAAAAAGAGUGUGAAACCAACAAACAAAAUCCAAAAGAAACCCCCGAAAAAGUAUCCGGAACACCUUUUGAAUCAUGAUUCUGACGAGGAUAAGAUUGAGUUGAUCUCUUCCUACAGUAGAUCCAGUGAUUCUGAAGAUGAGGAUGUAGCUUCAAAGAGAACUGAAAAGGUAAAGACGUCAAAAAGUGACAAAUCUCCUGAUCAAAUUCCAAACGAAGAACUUCUUCCCUACAAAAUGUACACUCAGGAUUCGAACACAGACCCUCAGUCUAUGGAAAAGUCCUCAAAUCAGCCGAGUAGUAUUCUGUUCAGUAAUGAAACUUCGGUAACUCUGUCUGAGCUCGAGAAGACAUAUUUAAGUAGCAGAAAAUCAAGCAAAUCCCCUGAAAAUAUCAUCCAACCAGAAACAAAUAAAAGUAUUCCGACUAUUGGAGAGGAAAUCGACGCGAAGCUGAUGAUGAGGAAGAGAAGGAUAGAAAUUCCGAGAAUUCCUCAAAAAAUAGAACCACAGCCAAAAGUGGAAGUUGACGAAGAACUGCAGUCAAAGGCCAAAACGGGUCUCUAUGCCAAUUUUCAGAGCGGCGGAGUUGAAUUUGCUGAUCAAUCUGAAAAGAAGGAGGAAGUUGUUGAAGUCAAGGAAGAGAAGAAGGAGUUAAAAGAUGCUUCGACAAGUACAGCGGAAGAUGAUGAAACUGGGGAGGAGGAUGUAAAAGAAUUGAGCACACUAAUUGGUGCGAAAGUUAAAUUUCUCUCCGAGGGAAGGCCUAUUGUCUCAGGAGUACAGAUCAUGCAGAUCCAAUUGGAGACUCUCGUUGCAGCCUUCGAAGCGCAACAACUGACACGAUUUUAUGUGAUGAAUUGGCUUAAUUCCACUGCCAAGAGCCUUAUGCAGCUGGAGAAUGAUGUGGCGCCUAAUGGUUGGAAGUGCAAAUGGGAUAGGACUAAUUCCCGGUACUACUAUCAGAGUUUGGUCACGGGAAAAAUUCAAUGGGACUUUCCGGAGCCCGAUGUCACGUGUCAUGGGGAUGAGAUGGAGAUUUGUACGACACCACCUCAUCCAGGAGUUGAAGAUGAGGAGCCAGAGGCAAAGAAAUUGAAACAGGAGGAUAAGGAAGGUGAUGAUUCCCAAGAACCUCGAACACCUGAACCACCAACAUGGGAUUCGAGUCCUGAGCCACCUCCAGCACCUUCGUUCGAUGCUGCUCCACCACCUCCAAGAAUCACAGAUAAAUUUCACUCAGAAUUGGACUCUUUCUACUCGGAUUUGGCAUCGUUGGAGACAACAGCAAACCCAACGGAAGAGCCAGUAGCAGAAGUAGUUCCAGUCCCGGAAGUUCAAAAGACAACGAAGCCCGAAGAGCUCCCAGCUCAACCUGUUGCGGCUGUUAAGGUGAAAAAGAAGAAAGUCAAGACGUCGAGGACUGAGAUGAAAGAGAUGUCUCAACUGAUGGCUAAAUGGCAAAAAGCUCAGCAAGAUUUGAAGAAAUAAAAUCCACUAUCUUCCGAUUAAAA